AAAUAAUGACUCUAGAAAUAUCAACAGAUGUCAUGUUUCAUUGGAAUUCGAUACAUAAUGAACACUGAAUCGCUUGAUCGAUGUUAUAUCUGAGAUUUCUCAGCAGAAAAUGGAGAAUGAGACAGAAUUGAGGGUUGUUCAUCAAGAAGAACAACAACAACGUGAAGAAGGAGAAGAUGAAGCACAGCCACAAAACCCACCACCCUUACGACGUCGUUUCGUGAUAUAUCUUUACGUUGGAUAUUUUCUUGCAAGAUGGAGUGCCAGAACAUGGGAAUUCUCUGUUGCUUUGUAUAUGAUCCACUUGUGGCCAAACUCUCUGCUUCUCGCUGCGAUUUAUGGUGCUAUAGAAUCUGGUUCUACUGCAAUUUUUGGUCCCAUUGUGGGGCAAUGGGUCGAGGGAAUGGACUACGUUAAAGUUCUCAGACUCUGGCUUAUGUUCCAGAACCUCUCCUACACCAUUGCUGGUGGUGCAGUCAUCAAGUUGUUGCUAGUUUCCGAUCUUAAGUCCCGGAAUCUCGUGGUUUUUGCAAUCUUGGUUGUGUUAACGAAUGUUGCUGGCGCCAUUGGAGUGCUUUCGACUCUUGCUGGCACCAUUCUGAUCGAAAGAGAUUGGGCUGUGGUUAUGUCAGAAGGUCAUCCUCCAGCUGUAUUGACAAGAAUGAAUUCUGUCAUUAGAGGCAUUGAUUUGAGCUCCAAGCUACUCUCUCCAGUAAUCACUGGUCUCAUCAUCAGUUUUGUAUCUCUUAAGGCGUCAGCCAUCACAUUUGCAGCUUGGGCCACUAUAACCGCUUGGGUUGAAUAUUGGCUCUUCAUUUCUGUAUAUAGCGGUGUUCCUGCGAUAGCACGAAGCAAUGAGAGACGGAUCUUGCGUUCCCGGACAAAGCAAGUGGAAGGAACAGAUGCACCUGUUUCUGUUUCCAUUGCUCCGAGAACUGAGGAGGGUUCUACUCGAAAUCCACCUUGUAGAACCGGAAUCCGGAAGAUUCUUGAUAGAGUAUCCAAGUCCUCUUUUGUUGGCGCAUGGAGAAUAUAUUUCAAUCAAGAAGUUGUACUCCCCGGGGUUUCUCUAGCUCUCUUGUUCUUCACCGUCCUCAGCUUUGGAACAUUGAUGACGGCUACAUUGCAGUGGGAAGGGAUACCUACAUAUAUCAUCGGUAUAGGCAGGGGAAUAAGUGCAACGGUUGGACUAGCGGCUACAUUCGUGUAUCCGCUAAUGCAAUCCCGUCUCUCAACGCUGAGAACCGGCCUCUGGUCCUUCUGGUCUCAGUGGAGCUGCCUUUUGGUCUGCGUUGGAUCGAUUUGGGUUAAAAAGGAUAAAAUAGCAUCUUACAUGCUAAUGGCUGGAGUUGCUGCUUCAAGGCUUGGCUUGUGGAUGUUUGAUCUUUCCGUCAUCCAACAAAUGCAGGAUCUUGUUUCAGAAUCCGACCGUUGUGUGGUUGGAGGUGUUCAGAACUCAUUGCAAUCGGCUCUUGACUUGAUGGCAUAUCUAUUAGGAUUUCUGGAUAUUGACGUUGAUCUCAUUCUCCACUGUAUCGUUAGCAGGAAUGCUCUAUACAAUUCAUCUCUACCGGAUUAGAAACCAUAUUUUUCACUUUGAGAAGAUUCCCUUGUUGAACAAAUGUUUAUUCAAGUUACUCCCUUCUCGUGGAAACAUGUAACUAAUGUUGUGGAAUGUGCCACCAUUUCUCACUAAUGGGAUAAUUUUAUGAAAUGACCAUAAGAGCAGCCAAAAAUCAAUCAAAUAGCUGAACAAUU